CCCCCCCUUAGCCACUCUGUGGAAAGGAGCACUGUCUUGGCUGGUGAGAGCUUAGAGAUUUUGGAUACUGGAAUUGCAGAUGAGGCCUAUUCUGAGCCUUAUGAUGUUUACUCACUCACUGAGCAUGUUUAUGAGGAAAUCUGUGAUGUUCCUGCAUCAGAUUCAUCUGCCACAGAUGGAAAUGGGGGCACAGAGUCUCUCCAACAGAGGAGGACCAGCUUUCGAUUGCUGGACAGCCAGGCAGGAGGUGGAGACUAUCACCAGCAGCAGGAGGCAGUGGGUUCCCGUCUGCGCCACUAUGAUGAACGCUCAGAUGGUGAGUCAGACAGCCCAGAGAAGGAGGCUGAGUUUGCUCCUUACCCACGUGCUGACAGCUGUGACCAGGAGGAGGACAUUGACAGCAUUGUGGCUGAGGUCAAAGAAAGCAUAAGCUUGCAGAGUCUUCACCAUGCUGCAGAAGACAUAGAUGAAGAAAAUGAGCUACCACAGGAGGAUGAAAAGCCCCAGCUUGAGUCUCAGACUGACUCUGACAGUCAACACAAAGUUGCUAACCAAGGGAAGUCCAGAAAACAGGCUGUGAGUCCUUCAGAUGAGCCUGUAAUGAGGAACAGUCAGGAGAAGAGGGAUGCCAUAUCUCUGGCCAUCAAGGACAUUAAGGACGCCAUAGAGGAAGUGAAGACCAGAACGGUGAGAUCUCCUUACACACCCGAUGAGCCCAAGGAGCCCAUUUGGGUAAUGAGGCAGGAUCUGAGCCCCACUGCAGAGUGUGACUUUCAGCAAUCACUGGGGGGUGAUUCUCCUGGUUCAGGCUCACCCUCUCCUCCAGGAGCAGAGUCAUCCAGCAGACACCUGCUGCAGGAUGACAGCUUGGAAUCUUCUCCCUCCAGCAAAGAGUCUAGGAGAAGCCUUGCAUCCUUCCCCACAUAUGUAGAAGUCCCAGGGCCAUGUGACCCAGAGGACCUGAUUGAUGGGAUCAUCUUUGCAGCCAACUACCUGGGUUCCACCCAGCUGCUGUCAGAUAAGACACCAUCCAAGAACAUCCGCAUGAUGCAGGCACAGGAGGCUGUCAGCCGCAUCAAGACGGCCCAGAAAUUAGCCCAGAGCAAGAAGAAGGCCCAUGAGGGUGAACCUCAGCCCAUGACAGAGGUGGAUCUCUUCAUCUCCACCCAGAGAAUCAAAGUGCUCAACGCUGAUUCCCAGGAGACCAUGAUGGACCACCCUUUGCGGACCAUCUCAUACAUUGCUGACAUUGGCAACAUUGUGGUUCUGAUGGCCCGGCGCAGGAUGCCUCGGUCUGACUGUCAGGAGAACGUGGAGGCUUCAGACCCAGAUCAAGACAGCAAGCGCCAGUACAAGAUGAUAUGCCACGUGUUUGAGUCUGAGGAUGCCCAGUUAAUUGCCCAGUCCAUCGGACAGGCCUUCAGUGUGGCUUACCAGGAAUUCUUACGGGCCAAUGGCAUUAACCCUGAGGACCUUAGCCAGAAGGAGUAUAGUGACUUGCUCAACACUCAGGAUAUGUACAAUGAUGACCUUAUUCACUUCUCGAAGUCUGAGAACUGCAAAGAUGUGUUCAUAGAGAAAACUAAGGGGGAGAUUCUGGGUCUGGUCAUUGUGGAGAGUGGGUGGGGAUCCAUCCUGCCCACUGUAAUCAUUGCUAACAUGAUGCAUGCUGGGCCAGCUGAGAGAUCUGGCAAACUGAACAUAGGAGACCAGAUCAUGUCCAUCAAUGGGACCAGUCUGGUGGGAUUGCCACUGUCUACCUGCCAGAGCAUCAUAAAGGGUCUGAAGAACCAGUCUCGGAUCAAGCUGAACAUUGUCAGAUGUCCCCCAGUGACCACUGUUCUCAUCAGACGGCCAGACCUUCGCUACCAGCUGGGCUUCAGUGUCCAGAAUGGCAUUAUCUGUAGCCUUAUGCGUGGGGGCAUCGCUGAACGUGGCGGGGUCAGAGUGGGUCACCGGAUUAUUGAAAUCAACAGCCAGAGCGUGGUGGCUACACCCCAUGAAAAAAUUGUCCACAUCUUGUCCAGUGCUGUGGGAGAGAUCCACAUGAAGACGAUGCCUGCAGCCAUGUACCGCCUGCUGACUGCCCAGGAGCAACCUGUUUACAUUUAACAAGAUAAAGCCCUGACCUCACACACCCUUUAAAUUUCCUGAAAUUAUCUGUCACUCCACAAGACACCCCCAUCUCCAGUUCCCUACUGUACUUCUCUAUCCACUGCUGAUACAGUGAGCUGUUGGUCAGAUUAUUCUGUUGCUCAGCCCUGUUUUCAAGUGACAACUUAGAAUAUCCACUAAAGCGUACUUUGGCUAAAGGUGCAGGUAGUGAAAGGAUGUUUAAAUCCAAUGAAUGUUCAGCACCUAGUAGUUCCCUGAAGCCUAACAUUUUUGUUUUGCUUCACUGUUGAUGUUUUGAAACACAUUUCACACUUUAGCAAAAAAACCCGGGUGAUGCCUUUGAUCACUAUUAAAUACUGAAGGCAAUGUGCACAUCCAACCCUGACUGCCAUGCUGCUAUUUCCCUGGCAUGACAUUGCCUGUGUGUGCUUGUAUUUCCUCCACCAAAUGAUUUUGUUGGUGGUCCUGUUUUAGCUCAUUUCAGGGGGCCAAACUUGCUUUUGUUCUCAGCUUUCCCACUGUGACAGCCGAGUAUGUGAACACCCACUCACCCCUCCAUCACAUUUACUGCAUUGUUGAGGAGUUGACCACAUUUCCAACAGGAAAGCUUUCCAACUUGACUGCAGUGGAUUGUUACUUUGCUUAUUAUAUUUUCAUUCUGUUUGUUAGAUCUUUUAAAAAUUCUCUGUCCAGUAGCACAAACACAGCCCUGGCUCACGUGAGGCCCUGUUACACUAAACAUGAUGUCUGUGUGUUCUACUUUAUUUAGGUGUUUGCACAAGAUUCAGGAAUGGAAUGAAAAUGACAUCGGAUCAACUUCUUCCCCUUAAAUUGAAAAAGGGAAAGUAAAACACUAUUCUCUGUUGUAUUACACACAAAUGGAAACCAAACCUGUUUAAUUUGGUCUCAAUACAAAAUACAUAUUCAUAUUAUAUACUCAGCUAUACACCUUGCUUAACCCAAAAGCAUGUGGAAUGAACCUAGAACCACAUCACCUGUUGAUGCAGAAAGCACCAUAUUGUAUGGUGUGCAAGUACAAAGUCGGUUUCUUUAAUACAGGGUUCUGGGUGCAUUGGACUGGGUGUACACUGUACACUAAAGAGUGCUUAGAGCAAGUGCAAUAACACUCAACCAUACAUGUACAGUAUAAAGUACUUCAUUCUCAAGUGACGGCUGGAAUCAUGUGUGGCAUGAACAAAUUAAGGCCAUAACCUACAGUAAAUACACAACGCCCAUCAAUACAGUGUCCUGGAAUACUGACCACUCUGCUGCUCUCACUCUGUCUUUAACAUAGUACAUUUCUUAUUCAUUAGAUAAUUCUGGUUAGCUACUUUCAACAAAACUCAGGACUUAAGUAUGUUAACGUCUUCUUGGGAAUGGAGGGGUUAUGCCCUUUGAGCCACUGGAAGCCUUUUAAUGUUAAAUAUUGGUGCAGGAGACGGUAGUAGUUUAACUGUGGACAAAACAACAGCAAUGGAGAGCUGUUAAGUGUAAAUGAAAACAAUAAAAGCAGCAGAGUGGUGAGCAUGACAUUGAGUCUGUUGUUGUACUGAUGAAUUAGUGCUGUGGAAAUAGACAUUGAUCUGAAUGUAUCAAGAAAACAGCUAAGCUUUAAAAUAAAGGAGGAGUAGAUCAGACAAUGAGGAAGCCUUGAACCAAGGGCAGGUCGCCAGUCUACUACAGUGCUGACAGAGACUGACAACCACACACACUAAGGGACAAUUCUUAGAAUCGCCAAUCAACUUAAGCUACAUGUCUGUGGGAGGAAGCCAGAGAGAACCCACAAAGUCACAGGGACAACAAACAGCCUGCACACAGAAAGGCCCCCGGUCAGCUGGGGCUUUAAUCUGGAACCUUCUUGCUGUGAGGCAACAGCGCUAACCACUGCGCCACCAUGCUGGCUGGGAGAGUGUGUAGAUUGUAAACAAAAACUGAAUGAAAUGAUUUGGAACUCUUUAAAAUCCCAUAUUUAAUUGAAAAUAGUACAAAGACAACCUAUCAAAUGUUGAACCUGAGAAACUGUAUCAUUUUAAAAAAACCUGCUCCUUUUAAAAUUGAUGCCAGCAAGACAUUUCAAAACAUUUGGGGCUGGAGUCUGUUUACCACUGUGUUGCACCACCUUUUCUUUUAACAACACUCUGUGAGCAUUAGGGAAGUGAGGAGAAAGCCAAAUGUUUUCCUAUUUCUUCUUGAUUCUCAGUGAGUGACAGACCUGGACUGCCGGCAGACCAGUUUAGCACCCCAACUCUUAUUAUGGAGCCAUGUUGUUAGAACA